GCAAAAAUGAUUAAGUUAAAAUUAUUGAUUCCUGGAAUAAUAAAAUACGAUGAAUUCUAUCAUAUCUUUGUUUUGUUGUACCUUGAUCUUGUCAUUCAAGAUUCCAAUAGAAAUUUUUGCUCAUUUCAAGUCCUUCUUCUUUAAUAAUAAUAAACGUAUACAACCAACCUUAUCUCAACGUAUAAUGGCCACUACAUCAAGAAUUUUGGAAUUAUAUUUACCAACGUUUCUGUUAAAAAUAAUACUUAGAAUGUUAAGUAAGAUCGUCCGUAGAGUUAAAGGAAGGCGUUGGGUAAAAAAAUUGGAUGCGAGUAACGAAAAAGAUGAAUGGGAAGGCUAUUUAAUUGCAGAAAAUGUUGAACAUUCAGAAAUUGGAAAAGAUGCUGAUAUGAUUAUUUUAUACGCUCAUGGAGGAGCUUUUGUUUUUGGUGAUGCUUUAUUACCCUUGGAAAUGUUCAUCGAUUGGAUUAAAACAUGGAAAUUAAAUCAUGGCGUUAACACACAGAUAUUGUCUUUAGAAUACAGAUUAUCACCAAAGUAUUCAUUCCCGGCUGCAAGAGAUAAUAUAUUAGCGUGUUAUCAAUGGCUUGUCACGGAAAAGAAUAUUGAUCCAUCUAAAAUUGUUUUUGCUGGUGAUAGUGCGGGUGGAAAUUUGGCUAUAGUUAGUGCAAUUUACCUUGUUAAUAACCCAUAUUUAUAUUCGAUCGAUCCACCUGCAGCUAUUGUUUUAUUAUCACCUUUUCUUUCUGGAAUGUUGAAUACCAAAUCAGUCAUUGAUAAUGCUUCAUAUGAUAGUCUAGAUCCUACUUGGUUACACCGUUGUAUGGAUGCAUAUAUAGGCGACUCAAAUCUUCUUCCAUCUUGUUCAAUGGUUUCUCCCGUAUUUGAACAUCAACUUUCAGGUUUACCAAAAGUAUGGGCUUGUGCAGGAGGUUACGAAAUAUUGUUGGAUGAUAUUAAAAAUUUUAUUGGAAAAUUGAUCCAAAAUAAUGUAAAAGCAGAAUUGGUUAUAGAAGAUACUAAUUUUCAUGAUUAUGCUGUAGGAAAAGCAACAAGUAGAGAUGGUGCAUAUGAAAGAUCUAUUAAAUAUAUUGGAAAGUUCUUGUAUGAUUAAAAAUAGUGAAAUUAAACUAAUAACUAAAUCCGUAAAAAUAGAGUUAAUAGAAAAAAAAAAAAAAAA